UAAAAAUGGAAUGUUAAAUAACAAGAUUUUUUUACAAUUAUAUUAGUUACUUUAAAUUUUAUAUCAAAUAUUUAAAUUUAAAAAGAAAAAAAAAUGUUAAAAAGUGGCUAUUUAUUUAAAAAUAUUAUAAAAUCUAAAUUAGUACCAAGAUAUCUAGUACCCACAAGAUAUAAUUCAAAUGUUUCCAAAAUUAGAAAUAUAGGAAUUCUUGCUCACAUUGAUGCUGGAAAAACGACAACAACAGAGCGUAUGCUUUUUUAUUCUGGACGUACAAGAUCGUUGGGAGAAGUUCAUCAUGGCAAUACUGUUACAGAUUAUUUAACCCAAGAAAGGGAUCGGGGUAUAACUAUAUGUAGUUCUGCAGUAUCAUUUCCCUGGAAAGAUUUUAAAAUAAAUGUUUUAGAUACACCAGGUCACAUAGAUUUUACAAUGGAAGUCGAGCAAUCGUUAUAUGCUGUCGACGGAGUUAUUAUAGUUUUAGAUGGAUCAGCAGGAGUUGAAGCACAAACUGUAACAGUGUGGUCUCAAUCGGAAAGGCAUAAUUUACCUAAGAUAAUAUUUCUUAAUAAAAUGGAUCGAGUUGAUUCCUGUCAUGAAUCUUGUUUAAACGAUAUAAAAUAUAAAUUUGAUUCAAAUCCAAUGUUGUUACAAUAUCCACUAAGAAAUGAAAAAAAUGGUUUGGAGGGUGUGGUUGACUUAAUCGAACAACAAAAAAUAAUUUUCGAACAGAAAUCACUUGGAAGAGAGUUUAAAAAACUUAAAUUGGAAGAGGAUGAAUCAAUUUUUUACACAGAAAAACGAAACGAUUUAAUUGAUUUUUUAUCUGGUAUAGAUGAUCAAAUAGCGGAUAAUGUAAUAAAAAGUGAGAAUUUUGAUAAUGUUUCGAAUCAACUGAUAUAUGCAGCUAUUCGGAAAGCAACAAUUCAAGGCAAACUUGUUCCUGUACUAAUAGGGUCAGCUUACAAAAACAUUGGUAUACAACCUCUUUUAGAUUCUGUGAUAAGAUAUUUACCUCAUCCUUUGGAGAGAAAUCACGUGUUCGAUUGUUUUGGAAAUGAUUUUGCAGGAAAAGUUUUUAAAAUAGUACAUGAUAAGCAGAAAGGACCCUUAACUUUGGUUCGAAUUUUUAGAGGAUCAUGUAAAAAAGGUUCUCGGUUAGUGACAAAUAGGGGAUCAACAGAAACUAUUCAAAGACUAUAUGAACCAUUAGCUGACGAAUAUAAGGAAGUUAGCUCGGCAGAGGUUGGUGAUAUUGCAGUAUGCAGUGGAAUGAAGGGUACCAUUACGGGAGAUUUGCUUAUUUCUAGUAUUACGUCUUUUAGGAAUGCUCAGAAAUCACUAAAAAAAGAAGCAUCCAAACUAUUAAACCAAAAUUUAGAUCCUUCGGAAGAUGAAGUUGAUGAAGACGUAAUAAAUGAAAAAUUUGCUUUGCAACCUAAAAUACCCGAUGCUGUUUAUUUUUGCUCAAUAGAACCCCCAAGUAUGUCUUACCAGAAUGCCCUUGAAAAUGCCUUGCGUCAGCUCCAACGUGAAGAUCCGAGCUUAAGAGUCAGUUAUGAUGAAACAACAGGCCAAACAGUUUUGGGAGGAAUGGGAGAAUUGCAUAUGGAUAUUGUUAAAUCUCGAAUUUUAACUGAAUAUAAAAUUGAGGCCGAAUUAGGACCUUUACAAAUAUCGUAUAAGGAAACGCUUUCACAGAAAGGAACUACAACAUUAGCUGUAGAAAAGGAAAUUGGUGGAGCAAAGCAAUCUGUCACAAUUACAAUGUCUUUAACUAAAAAUGCGAAAGAGAUAUUUAUGUUAGAUAAUGCACCUGAGUAUGCAGAAAAUUUGAGACAAUUACGUCCUCGACAAAUCAAAAAUAUUAAAAAUGGUGCAAUCGCAGCGCUAGAACGUGGACCAAGAAUUGGAGGUCAAGUUAUAAAUACACAAAUAUUAUUACAUAGUAUUCAAAUAGGUCGUGGAACUGCUGAUCCUUUCAUAAUGGCAAUAUCAGCUCAAUGCGUUCAGAAAAUUUUACGGGAAGUUGGAACUAAACUAUUAGAGCCUGUUAUGCUUCUUGAAAUAGUUUGCCCUUCUGAAUUAAUUUCGACCGUGAUAAAUGACUUGUCAGGGAAAAGAGCUACAAUAAUAAAUAUUGAUUCUAAGGGACAAAACAAUAAAAUUAUACAAGCAAAAGCACCUUUAGCAGAACUAUCAGGAUAUUCAAGUAGAUUAAGGACAAUAACAUCGGGUAAUGCUUCUAUGACAAUGGAACCGUCUGGGUAUUUGGGAAUGAAUACUUCAGAUGAAGAAACAGCUAUAAGACGAGCUCAAGGAUUGGAGUAAAUAAUCAACUCAUUUUGUUAAUUUUGUAUAUUUAUUAUUCAAAACAUAUUCCAUAAUAACGUUAAUGUUAUCAAAGAAGUGUACAACAAAAAUAAAAAUCAGAGUAAACGUAAAAUAAAAUACUUGAAAUAUGAGAAAA